GGAUCCAUCCAUCGAUCGAAGCGGCCUAACAUGCCGCGCCAUCUCCUAAUAACCGCCUGCAACUUCCUCCCGAUCCUCUUCUUCUUCUUCUUCUUCUUCUCCAGCCCCGUCGUCGUCCUAACCGCCGCCGCCUUGCCAGACCCAUGCGCCGGCCGCCGCGUCCACAUCCGCCGCCUGCCGCCGCGCUUCAACACGGAUCUUCUUGGCCACUGCUCCACCGCCUUCCCGCUCGCCGACCACCCGUCCUCGACGCCCUCCUGCGCCUCGCUCGCCAACCACGGCCUCGGCCCGCGCACCCACAACCGGACCCGCUCAUGGCACCGCACCGACGGCCGCCUGCUGGAGCCCUUCUUCCACCGCCGCGUCCUCGACCUCCCCUGCCUCGCCGCCGACCCGGCCGCCGCUGACGCCGUCUUCCUCCCUUACUACGCCUCCCUCGACGCGCUCCCCUUCGUGCUCGAGCCGGCCAUGCUCAACUUCUCCGCCAUCCAUGGCGUGCCGCUCGCCCAGUUCCUGGAGCGCGACCGGCCCGAUGUCCUGAAGCGAAAUCACGGGCAUGACCAUUUCCUUGUAUUGGCCGGACCCGCGUGGGACUACGCGCAGCCGCCGGAGAGCGAGCCCAGGCUAUGGGGAACCACGUCGAUCCUCCGCCGCCCGGAGUUCGUCAACUUCACGUUCCUGACCUUGGAGUCCCGGGCGUGGCCAUGGCAGGAGCACGCCAUCCCGCACCCGACGGCAUUCCACCCCCCGACAUUCCCUCGUCUCCAAGCCUGGAUCGCCCGCGCGCGCCGCUCUCGCAGGACAUCCCUGAUGCUGUACGCGGGCGGCGUGUCCAGGCCGUCCAAGCCCAACAUCCGGGGCUCCAUCCUCGCCGAGUGCGCCAACCGCACCGACAACGUCUGUUCCCUCAUCGACUGCUCCGGCGGCGCCUGCGCGCUCGACCCCGCGCACUACAUGAUCCCCAUGCUCAGGUCCAGGUUCUGUCUUCAGCCGCCCGGGGACACACCCACGCGACGCUCCACGUUCGACGCCGUCCUGGCAGGGUGCGUGCCGGUCUUCUUCGAGCACGCCUCCGCCAGGACGCAGUACGGCUGGCACCUGCCGCCGGAGAGGUACGACGAGUUCUCCGUGACGAUACCCAAGGAUUCUGUGGUGCUUGGGGGAGUGGUGAUCGCGGAGACGUUGGCGGCGGUGCCGGAGGUGGAGGUGGCCAGGAUGCGCGCCAGGCUGCUGGAGAUGGCGCCCAGGGUGGUGUACCGGCGGCAUGGGACUAGCACGGCGGGGGAGAUGGGGAUGGACGCCAUCGACAUUGCCGUCGAUGGGGUGCUGAGGAGGAUACGGAAGCGGUUCAAGGCGCUCCAGGAUGGUCAAGCAGAGGCUAUCUACUCCAUGGACGACGACAACCAAGAGAUCAUCUAGCUAGAUGUAGAUACCAUUGAUAUAAAGAUGUCUUCCCUGCGCAUCGUGCUUCUUCUCUUGAACAAAAAUGCAUCACGCUGUCAAUUUCUCUUGUGCGUAUUAGUGAAUGUUUCAACUUGUUCUAUAUGGGCAAUUAAUUUCCCUCA